AUGAUGAAUAAAAAUUAUUUCGAUGAAAAUCAUUCGAAAAACAAUGAUGAAAAUCAAACACAGUCUAAUGAUUAUCCAGAAUUUUUAUUACCUAAAACUGUUCGUUUUUGGUUGCUUAUGAUUUUUGAAGUUCCAUCCGUGGCCUGUUCAAUGAUACUUCUUUAUUAUUUAUUGAUUGAUCGUCGUUUACGACAUUCAUUAGGCAAUCAUGUUAUUAUAGUUCUACUUAUUAUUGGACUUUUUUCUCAAUUAAUUGAUAUACCAUUUUAUCUUAAUUAUUUACGUAUAAAUUAUGUUUGGCCAUCAACGACAAUCAGUUGUCUUAUAUGGUGGUUUGCAGCAACAGGUAUUUCUAAUCUAACAAAUAUUGUUAUGGCAUGGGCAUCAAUUGAACGACAUAUUUUAGUAUUUCAUGAACGAUGGUUAUCGACAAAGAAAAAACGUUUGUUUAUUCAUUAUUUUCCACUUUUAACAAUAGUUCUCUAUGGUUUCAUUUAUUAUAUUAUUAUUCUUUCAAUAUUUUCAUGUGAGAAUAUGUAUGCAUAUGAAUUAGAUUGGUGUCUUUAUCCAUGUUAUUAUAACAGCGCCAGUCUGGCUAUGUAUGAUACAAUAGCUAAUUCAAUCAUACCAACACCAAUUAUUACUAUAUUUAGUAUUGCAUUAAUUAUUCGUGUUAUUAAACAAAAGCAUACUCUUCAUAGACGUUUUCACUGGCGUAAAUAUCGACGAAUGGCUAUACAAAUUUUAUCAAUAACAGCAUUGUUUCUUCUUUUUAAUUUUCCUAUGACCAGUCUUGUUUUAGCUCAUGUAUGCGGUUUACCAAAUGGUUCAACAGGACAAUUUGAAUUUUAUGCUUAUUAUCUAUACCAUUUUGUUUCACUUUUAAUGCCUUUUGUUUGUCUUGGUUCAUUACCUGAAAUUAGAAAGAAAAUGAAACGAUUACCUAGGCUUCAAAGAAUGAUCAAUGUAAUUACACCGAGACAUGCUUCGUUGCGUUAA